GAUAGUUGAAGUGGAGUCCCAAUCGUCGCUGCAGAACUGCCAGCUGCGGUUGUGGGAGUCUAUGAGCUCUAGCACAGCGAUUUCCGACGUGCAACCACGUAGAUCGGAUGCAACUGAUCUUGGCAGUUCGAGUGAUGCCGCUACUGUGGCUGAAGGCGCAUCGGACGAGUCGCUGUGGGUCCGCAAAUGGGACGACGAUACCAACCAGCUCUACUACUUCAACUUGCGCACACAGGAGAGCUCCUGGGAGGAGCCUAAGGCUUACAAGGCGGUGAUGAUGUCCGAGCCUUUAAACAUGAACACAGAGAGAGCAGAGGAGGCAGUAGAAUACUCACCACAGGACGAGCAGAAGCAGAGUGACGCUUCUGUGAUGAUCCAGAGCUUGUAUCGCGGCCGCAAAGACCGCAAGAGGGUGGGGGAGGCGCGCAAGUGGACAGAGCAGUUUGACCCCGCCACUGGUCAAAAAUACUACUACAACAGCGAGACGGAUGAGUCCCAAUGGGAGAAACCCGUCGACUUCUUGACCGGACUCAAAGACGAGCGAAGUGCUCGUGCCGUGAAGAUCCAGAGCGUAUUUCGAGCCAAGAAGGCGCGAGACCGAGUGAAGCAGCUUGUAGACGAAGAGGAAGAAGAAGAGCAACUCGAGCAACACCUGCGAGAACAUGAAGCAGUUGCAGCAGCAGAAGAGAAGCUGGCAGCUCUGGCUGCAGAGUCUAGCACUCGAGCGCAAUGGUGCGAGUACUUUGACCCUCGGUCGGGCAAGUAUUACUACCGUCAUGGCGUCACCAACACAAUAACGUGGGAGAAGCCAGAGGAGUACGUCUCGUCAUGGGUGGACGGCAGCAAGCAAGAUCGUGCUGCCUUGUCUAUUCAGUGUGCAGCUCGAAAGCGAAUCGCUGCCAACGAGGUCGCUGCCAAGAGAGCGAAGCUACGCGCACUUACAGACCCUGCUACAAUGCAGCUCAAGCUGGGGGAACUGAAGCAGGUGUCGAUCGAGAUCCAAGCAGAGAUAGAGGCUCGUGCCCUUCUUUCGACAGAGGAAGAGCAGCAGUUCCCACAUUUAUCCAGCUUGAUAACGGGGUGGAAAGAGUCUCUGGAGAGCAUCAAGAGCCACGUGAUAUCGCUGGAGAGCAGAGCUGAGGAUAUCUUGCUAGCUGAAUGUCUAGCAGCACGUAUCGUCCAUGCUGAGCGCUUCCAUAAGGCGCUGGCUGAGAUGCGCAGCGAGUGUCUAGCUCUAUUGCGCAGCAUUUUGCUGAUGAAUAGCUACUUCGUGGACCUUGACGUCACGCGGAUCAACGCUGCCUGCACGACGUUUGCGAGUUGGAAAUCCCAUGAACUGUGUGCACUGAAGGACUCUCGCCUAUUGGAAAUUGUUCAGUGGAGUGACAUUUGUCAGCUACUUGAACACGUUGAAGCUCUUCUCCGACGAUGCAUGGGGCUAACGGACUUCAACAAUGGAUCGACUUGUGCAGCUGGAAAACGCUACGAGGACUGGCAUCCUUCGGUCGCUGCUGCACUGGCUGGUGUUCGCGAAAUGGAGGUAGCUUUGGCUCAGAAGAUGCAGCUUCUCCGUGGAUAUCGAGCUGCUGAAGUGAGAAAGCGCGAGAUUUCACACAUGGCCGAAGAAGACUUACUCGCCUGUCGUCUGGUACAGAUGCAACGACGCCGCAAGAACGAAGAGAAGGAUCACGCUGCAUUGGUAAUCAAGUGUCAGGAAUACUGGAAGAAGGGCUUAAAUCAGCGAGAGGAAGACUCAGAGGAUGCUGCUCGUGAGAGUACAAAAAUGCAGAGACAUACGAAGGGCUCCAAAGAUCCCAAUUGUGGCCCGAUACACGAUUCGGACCACGACAACAAGGAUAAGCUGUCGAUAUGGGAAGCCACAAAGGAAGGAUUUCCUGUCGAGGUCGUGAGUGCGAUUCUUUCGGUGGAGAGGCAAAAGGCUCGCCGACUUGGUUAUGACUUCUUAGUGAAGACAGCUCGCUCUGAUCAGGGCGAAACUCUUAUCCAGAUAGCGUGCUGGUGGGGGCACGAGCACCUCAUUAGGUUCUUGCUGGAGGAAGGUGCGCAAAUUGACGGCAUCGACAGCACGUACAAUCGUUUUUCACUGCUGCACGACGCAGCUCGACGGGGUCAUUCUCACGUCGUACGUGGUUGUUUGCUAUGGUUCGGGCAAUAACUUUAUCGUGCUAAUUGAUGCUAGAUUUGUAUUCUACUCGAGCAUGGACUUCCGUGUAACGUGACAGAUAGUGCUGGAGACACACCAUUCCAUUGGGCAGCACGCAAGAACAACUUCAGUGCUGUCCUCACGCUUCUAGGAGUGUAUUUAUCCGAGAGAGACAAGGCAAGUGCUGAAGGGAUUAUUAGGGCUGUUCGCCAAAAGAAUCUCCGUGGCAAGACAGCUUUAACCAUUGCGAAAGGAGAACGCGUGCGCAGUAUCCUGAAAUCAGCAGAGGAAGGGCGACUACCACCGUUGCGGUGACCUCGCACCGGUGAUGAAAGACCUGCUACUGUAGGAUAUUCGCGCCUUGUGACGGAAAUUAAUCAGCUAGACCGAGUUCGGGGCAGUACCAAGAAGAGCUAGACAAUGUACACCAAAUUUUGACCUGAAUGAUCUGUUAGUCU